GGAGAUGGCCUGCAGGGGUGGGGUGCCUUGAGGACCCCUGGGUGAGUUUCUUUUGCAGACUCUGGGACCAGGACACAAAGGUCCUUGCCCUGGGGAAACUGAGGCUGUGCGUGGUGGGUAGGGGAGCGGGCAAGACCUGAUGAGUUCACAUAUUCACCCAGAGGCUCUUCAGGGAGAUGACUCAUUGGCUGGAUGCUGUGGAUGGAGGGUGAAGCCAGUGGCCCUGAGCCAGGUCCUGCGUGAUUAAGAGCAGUGAAGAGCUCCAUUUGAGAUGCAUUAAGUUUGAGGUGCUUGUGAAAUAUGGGGAGCAUCAGGGAAGCUCUGAGGACAUUGAGGUUGAAGGUAGGGCCCACUGAAAGGGUGUCUCAGGACCAAGGAGGAAAGCAGGGGCAGUGUGAUCUUUCCAGAGCUGGAGAGCCCAGGACAAGCCUUGGGAUGGGAUGUGGUGGGUGGCAUCAGGCCGGACAGGUCUGAGAGAACAUGAAUUGUGAGACUGAACCCAUGUGGCCUUGGGGACUCUCACCUCAGGCCUAUGUUGGGCCCUCUUCACCAGAUGGCCUCUACCCCUCCAGACCUCCAGUGCAGCACCACCUCAAGGCUUGGUUGGAUUCUAGGAGGUUCUGUAAGCCAUUGCAGCUAAUUUUUCACCAUUAAAGAAUAGGCCCCCAACUUCGUCUGCCACAUACAGUGUCGCAGUUGGAUGCAGUGGGAGUAUGUGGGCUCCUUGGGCGGCCACAGUUGGCUUGGACCUGUGAGUAUCCCUUGUACCAGCUGGGCGGCCCCCAGCUCCGAGUAUUUCGAACCAACUUCUUCAUCAAGCUGGUACGUCCUGGAGUGGCCCAGCCUGAAGACACAGUGCAGUUCCGGAUCCCCAUGGAGCUCCAACAGGCAGAGGGACCAUAGGAAUGUGAGGAUCAAGAAGCCAGACUACAAAGUGGCCUAUGUCCAGCUGGCCCAUGGUCAGACCUUCACCUUCCCAGACCUGUUUCCCGAGACGGAGCCCAGCCCAAGCGAUAAGGAACAGAGCGAGUUCCUGGAAGAUGUGAAGCAGAGGCAGAGCCGCGACCCCCGACGUGGCGGUGUCUCGGACUGGUUCGGCCUGUGACAGCCACAGGCAGGGACAGAUGGACACAGGCCUCAGUGGGUAGAGCAGUUCUGAUGAUCCAAAUAAAACUCCUGUCCUGGGAGAAGGA